AUAGAUUAGAUGUGAGACUAUAGACUUUAGGAUGAAGUUGGGUUCAAUUAAUCCUGCACAGAAACAGAUGUGCCUUCUUCUAGUGACCUUUCCUCCUCUUGUUCUUCUUUCUAUCUAUCUCCCUCUGUUCUUUUUCCCUCUCUCUCCCUUUUGCUCCCCAUCUAACAAGGAGUUUAAAGGUGUAGCAGAUGUUGCUAAUGUUGAUGACAGUGAGUGAAGAUGUUUUGACAGUUGUCUGGCUACCACAUGUACUUGUGUGUGACUGAGUGAGUGAGUGUAUGUGUGCAUGUGUGUGAGGAAAGCGCUUCUUAUUUUUGGAAUAUUGUGGUCUUUCUUUCCUCUCUUCCUCACAUCAGGAUAACAUUGGGCACCGGCUCCUUCAGAAACAUGGCUGGAAGUUGGGUCAAGGCCUGGGCAAAACCAUGCAGGCAUUAUGAUCCUGGCCAUGUUGUGCUGAUGGUAAACUUAGUGGACGAACUGACCCUGUGCCCAUCAUCCUCAAAUAUGACGUCAUGGGAAUGGGGCGCAUGGAAAUGGAGUUGGACUAUGCAGAAGAUGCCACAGAGAAGCGGCGGGUGCUGGAAGUGGAAAAAGAAGACACAGAGGAACAGCGUCAAAAAUACAAGGAUUAUGCGGAGAAGGAAAAAGCCAUAGCUAAAGCUUUAGAGGACCUGAGGGCCAAUUUCUACUGUGAACUGUGUGAUAAGCAAUACCAGAAACAUCAGGAGUUUGACAAUCACAUCAACUCCUACGAUCAUGCACACAAGCAGAGACUGAAGGAGCUGAAGCAGAGAGAGUUUGCCCGGAAUGUGUCUUCUCGCUCCAGGAAGGAUGGCAAAAAACAGGAGAAGAUGUUGCGGCGGCUUCUUGAACUGGCCGAACAGAGGAAACAGCAAGACCUUGUCCCUGGUAGUGGCCCUAUGUUUAAAACUACCAUAGUGGCAGUAGAUGGAGAAAAGGGGGAAGACUCCAUGGAUGGAGUGCCUAUGACAGUGGACCCCAACACAGAGGCUAAUGAAGAUAAGGGAAUCUGUAGUGUUAGUGGUCAAGGCUCCCCUAGAACAGGCCCUGCCAUCAGCUUUGGUUUUAACAAAGCUAGUUCUUCUCCAAUACCUUCUGGAGGCUCACAGGCUCCCAAAUUGAGUGUCUCCUUCUCUUUUGCUAAGAAAGCCCCAGUCAAACUUGAGACAGCUGCCGCUGUGUUUGCAGACCAUGGCGAGGAAACUGUGGAAGGAGAAGAAGGUCAGGAAGAGGGAGGAGAAAAGACUGGAGGAGAGGAUGUAGGUGUGGAAUUCACCACUGAUAUCCCUCAAGUAGUAGGAGCAGAAGGAGAAGGUGGAAGUGGUGGGGGUGAGGAAGAGCAGUCACAGCCAGAUGAUGGAGGUACCCUGGCCUCGACUUUAAACAAGCUGAAGAUGAUGAUGAAAAAGGAGGAAGGUUACUCCGGACAGGAACCACAGUAUUAUCAUUAUGUACCACCUGCACAUUGUCGGGUCAAGCCGCAUUUCCAGUUUCUGCUUUUCAUGAAGGCUUCAGACCAAUGUGAUAGCAAGGAGGAGGAGGAAGAUGGAGCAAAAGAUGAGAAGGCAGCAGCAGGUAAUGACGGAGAGCAAAAACAUAUCAAAGUCAGCAGCUGCACAUCUGAAAAAGACACUGAGAAUGAACCUACACAGGCACAAAACACAAAUCCCACAUCAGCUACAGUGAAGACAGAGAAAGAAUCUGGUACCACACCUGCAGGGCAAGGUGAUACAUCAGUGGCGGAUAUCUCAUCCCAACAAGCUGAUACCAAGCAAGUUAUGUCUGAGCCUACAGACACAGGUCCCCGCAUGCCAACUGGGCCUUUCUUUCCUGUGCUAAGUAAGGAUGAAAGCACCACCUUGCAGUGGCCUUCUGAAUUGUUGGAGUUUACUAAGGCUAAGCCAUCCCUCUCCUACAGUUGUAAUCCUCUUUACUUUGACUUCAAACAGUCAAGAAACAAAGGAAACUGGGCAAGCAAAAACAUGAAAACUGCCAAGCCAGUUAGCACUGAAGGACGAGAGGGGUCUAAGCCUGAAAACACAGACGGUACUCCUGCAAAUAGUGGAGAGGUCUGCACUGCUACAACGAUUGCUGGGUCCAGUACAGUUCAAAAAGAACAAUCAUCCCUGAAAGAGGGGGGUGCUGAGAGUGAGAACAACAAGCAGAAAUUACAAAGUAAUGAAGAUGUGUCUGCAGGGUCUAAGAAAAAGAAGAAGAAGAAGAAACACAAGAAGUCAAGCAAGCGUUCCAAACGUAAAGAAAAAGCAGCAGUGGAGGGGGAUUUAGAAAAUGAGAUUCCAGGGGAGAAAACUAAAAAGAAGAAGAAACACAAAAGAAAGAAAAGCAAAAAUAAACCACGUAGCACUGAUGAAAUUGAAGCAGAGGGAGGUGACAGUAAGGAAAUAGAGAAAGACAAGGAUGACAAAGAUGGAGUAGCCCCUACUCAGUCAUCAGGAGUAAGCACAUCCCACGAAGGAGGAAAGAGAAAACGUUCCCACAAAAUGUCUCAGUGCUCUAGAGUUGAGGAAAGCAGUGCAGGGAAGCCUAGUUCUACAGAGGAACACAAUGGUACUAAACGUCUUAAAUCAGACACCAACACACCUGCUGCUUCCUGCUCUGCUUCAGCCCAAAAGAGCAUAAGUGGAGGUCGACCUCCAAGUAGUGACAGCGAGGAGGAUGGUGGAUCAUCCUCUCAACGUUCUCGACAAGCUCACCGUCGCUCCACGCCACCACGUGAGCAGCGAAGACACCGCAGUGAUGAUUCUGGACGAUCAGGACGUUCACAUAGUAGGUCGUCUCGUCGAGGAGACCACAACCAUAGAUGCCACAGAGGUCAAAAGUCACGCAGUCGGUCCUACUCCAGUAGCUCUGAACGUUCCUCAGCAGGGAGCAGUGCUUACAGUCGCCGUAGUCAUAGCUAUUCAGACAGUUACAGUGACUACAGUGAUGAAGGACGUCGCCGCAGAUCAAGAAGACCUUCCUCUGACUCAGACUAUGAAAGGCGUGAUAGUGGGCGAUCUCACAGGCGACGUUACACCCCAUCUUCUUCAGAGGAGGACUCCCGUUCACGAUCACACAGCCGCAGGAAGCAUCAUCGGCGGAGACACCAACGGAGCAGUAGUCGCAGCUCCAGCCGUAGUAGUAGGAGUAGCAGCGCUCGUUCUUACAGACGUAGCAGCUACAGUCGCAGUCGUAGCUCUGCUAGUCGUUCAUCUAGCUCCACCAAGGGCUCUCCACAACGGCACAGUCACAGCCGGAGAUCUGACAGCUCGUCGCGGCGGCGGGAUUUCAACCGGUCACGAAUCUACCGCUCCCAGUCUCCAAGGUCCUCUUCCCGCACACAAACCCGAAAUAGCAACUCUUCAUCGGCACAAGGGACAAGAGGUGGUGGAGCUUCCUCAAAGGAGGGAGGAGGGGCUGCAGAACAUCGAAAUUCAUUCACAGCUCGACAACUCUUGGAGAAAAUCCAAUCUAAAAAAAGAGGGGAUGAAUCUGGUACUGGCACCAAGACUGGCCUCAAGAUCAAGGACCCUCCACAGGGAUACUUCGGGCCCAAGCUCCCCCCUGCCAUUGGAAACAAAAGUAUGUUGCCCCUUUUUGGCAAGCUUCAAGCAGGAAAGAAGCCAACGUUAUUUCCUUUUACACGUUCAAUCGAGGGCGAAAAGUCAGAGCAAGGGAAAAUUUCAGAUAGUAAUGAAGUUAUCCUGGUAGAACCCAUUCGUGAGUUUCCCCCACCUCCUCCUCCACCUCAGCCACCAGUUCAACAACAGCAGCAACAACAACAAAAGCAGCAGUUGGAGGAGGCUGUAUCAAAUGCUUCUGUGACCGAGGAGACCAGACAUCCAACCUUGGACCCUCCAGUCCUUCAUGAGUCUCAACCACAAUAUGAGCAGGAUCCAGCAAUUAUGAUGUCUCAAUACCAAGGUGAACCCAGACAAGACCCCAACAAUCCCAUGUUGGACGGACAUUUAAUGGGGCCUGAAAUGGGUCCACAGCCUACUAUGCACACCUACCCUGGUUACCCUCCCAACAUGGAGGAUGGGGAAAUGGGCAUGGAACCUGAAGAAGAUGGUCUUGCACCUUUAGAAAGUCAACCAAUCACCUUUACCCCAGAGGAAAUGGAGAAAUACAGCAAGUUGCAGCAAGCAGCUCAACAGCACAUUCAACAGCAACUGUUAGCCAAGCAGGUGAAGACCUUCCCUUCAGCUGCAGCUGCUGCUGCUGCUGCAGCAGCUAACUUGGCAGCAGCGGCCAACCUUGCCCCUGCGCCACCGCCCCCACAAGCUGCACUGCAGCCUAUCCACAUUCAACAACCCACAGUUUCUGCAGCUUCUGCUACCUCUAUUACUUCAGUCCAGCAUGCCAUCCUGCAGCACCACGCUGCUGCUAUGGGCAUCCAUCCCCAUAACCCACAUCAUCCCCACCCUGCCCAUGCCCAGCUAGCCCAGGUGCACCACAUACCUCAACAUCAUCUAACUCCUAUCUCCUUGUCACCAUUGGGCCAUUCCUUGAGUCAUUCACUGGGUCACUCUUUAGGACACACCGGCUUGAUUCCAGCCCACCACACUGCCUUCCUUUCAGGCCAACCUAUACAUAUUAUACCAGCCUCUGCACUCCAUCACACCCCUCUCGCUCUACACCACAUCCCACAUGCUGCUCUCUACCCAACUCUCUUCGCCCCUCGGCCAGCAACUGCUGCAGCGGCAGCUGCCCUACAGCUACACCCACUACUUCACCCUAUCUUCUCAGGGCAGGACCUUCAGCACCCUCCAAACCAUGGCUCCUGAAAAUUAGUCUUCUCUCAAAGAGAAGGCCUGGCCCAGCAGUGUGAAUAGCUAAAAAGUUCUAGCUAAUGAUUGACACGAUCUGGCAACACACUGUCCUCUGUGUGUUCUGCUACCUUAGGAUGACCUCAACAGGGCUGUUUAGGAGUACAUUUAAAAUGAGGACAGAAUACGAUCUUUGCUGUCGUUUUAGAUUGUAAUGGCCUGAACCAGAAGCCAGGUUGGCAGGUUGACGUGUGUGUGUGUGUGUGUGUGUGUGUGUGUGUAUAUAUAUAUAUAUAUAUAUAUAUAUAUAUAUAUAUAUAUUCACACAAGGAGUACGAGUUGCAAAAGUUGGUUUAUAGUCCAAGAUGUGGAUCUUACAACUAGGAAAUCAAUGGCAUAUUGUUUUUUUUCAAUGGUAUGUCAUACAUUUUUGUUCAAUUGUCUGUUUGUU